GCAGAAUAACUAUAUUUUAUUAUUCUAAUUUGAACGAGUAGUGAAUUACAUUAUUUAUCAUAAAAAUAUUAGAAUUAUGGAAUUUUAUUCCCGUGGCAUUAAGAUACGUAACUUAGCCAUUAAAGUGGCAGAAUCGGAUUUUAGAUAUGAUGGAAAAAGUGAUUGUUUUGAAUCUAAUAUUGAAGCUCCAGUUACUUACAUGGAAUUAACAUCAGUCAACAAGAACUUGAGUGAUGAACAAACUUCAGCAAUAACAAUGUAUACUGAAAGACAAGCUGAAUGUGAGACUAAUACAUCAGGAGAUGAAUCUACUACAGAAAGAGACAAAAAAACUGCUGAUUUGGAAGGAUUAAAAUCUGCAUUCAUUGCUCCAAUAAAAGAUAUUGUAAUGGCAGGCCAUAAUAGUGAAUGCAACCAAAAGAGUGUUCCUCAUACAUCAGAAGAUGAAUCUGCAUCAUUCAAAGCGGAAAUAAAUAGAAGAGCUACUGAUAGUUUGGGAGGAUUCAUUUCUCAAGCUCAAAACACUCUUACAUACAACAAACCAAACUUUGACUCCAUGAAUGACACCUCAGCUUCUUCAGAAGACUAUGACAGUGACAGAGACCCCGAGUGGAUGCCCAAUUUAUUGGAAGAUGGACCUCAUUCCUUCUGUGAAGCUCCAAAAACAAGUGAUGAGAAUGUAAGUAGGAAAUUAUCAUUGUAAACACCAACACUCAACUAUUCUAUUAAUUUCACAGAUAGUUCAUUGGUAUAUAUUC